AUGUCGCUCCGCUACAUCGGCCAGAAACUCGCGCAGCAGAUCGAUGACGAGCUCAUGUCCGCGUCCGGCGCGUUCUCCAUUGACCAGCUCAUGGAGCUCGCGGGCUUGAGCUGCGCGCAAGCCCUCGCCAAGUCCUUUCCCGCGCACACCCACCGCCGCGUCCUCGUCUGCUGCGGCCCCGGAAACCAAGGCGGCGACGGCCUCGUCGCCGCCCGCCACCUCCACCACUUCGCAUACGCCCCCACGAUCUACUACCCCAAGCCGGGGGGCAAGGAGCUGUACCACCGCCUGCUGCGGCAGGCGCAGAACCUCGGCAUCCCUGUAGUCGACACGGAUGCGUUCGCGGGCGCGCUGCGCGACGCCGACGUCGUGCUGGAUGCUAUUUUUGGCUUCUCGUUCCAUCCCCCCGUGCGCGCGCCGUUCGAUACCGUGCUCUCUGCGCUUGCGCAGAGCGCGGCGCCCAUCAUCUCCGUCGACAUUCCUUCGGGGUGGGGCGUCGAGGCUGGCCGGCAGCCCCUUACGAAUAGCGACGGCGAGGAGGUCGCGACCAUCGACCCCGCCGUCCUCGUCAGCCUCACCGCGCCCAAGGAGGGCGUGCGCACCUACGCUGGCAAGCACUGGCUCGGGGGCCGGUUCGUGCCUGACAACCUUGCGAAGAAGCACGAGCUGAAUCUUCCGGCGUAUCCGGGUGUCGACCAGGUUGUUGAGCUCCCGUCCGCGGGCAAGCUCUGA